AUGUCCGUAAGGAUUGACGAACCGCAACUGUUCGUCAGUAUGUCAAAGGAGCCGACUCAAGAAACUGUUAAUGUUGGUGGACAUCAUGAUGAUUCAAGCAGUAAUUGUGAUGAACGAGUUGAUGAUCAAACAGAAGAGCAGAAAUCACCUCCAGCUUCUCCCGAUCUAACAGCAAACCUAAACGUAUUCGACCUGGAAUCCCGGCAAAAAGUAGUUCAACGACUUCUAAAUUCACAAUUGAAUCUGUCAAAUCUACGAGCGCCUCUCAAUUUACCACCGAUCUUUCAAGCACUUCAGGGUCCAUUCAGUAUUCAGCAACAGCUUCUAGGUCUUGCGUCAGGCUUAACAGCAAUUUCUCCGGGACUUGACGACUAUGACGAAGAGAACACUAAUCAAGGAGAACCAGAAGAUUUGACAUUAGGAGGAUUCAGAAAAGAAACAUCAGUGAAAUCAGAAGAACCAUCAGAAUCUGGUAUAAAUGCAUCUGGUCCAGCAUGGUCAUACGAAGAACAGUUUAAGCAGUUGUACGAAUUGUCAGACGAUGUGAAAAGGAAGGAAUGGUUGGAUGAUUGGCUCAAUUUCAUGCAUAGAAUAGGAAAACCGGUAACACGAAUUCCAAUAAUGGCAAAGCAAGUACUUGAUCUUUAUGAAUUAUAUCGACUUGUUGUACAACAUGGCGGUCUUGUUGAAAUAAUAAAUAAGAAAUUAUGGAGAGAAAUAACAAAAGGACUAAAUCUUCCAUCAUCUAUCACAUCAGCUGCUUUUACUCUUCGAACACAAUAUCAAAAAUAUUUAUAUGAUUAUGAGUGUGAAAAAGAGAAACUUUCAAAUCAAUCUGAUCUUCAACAAGCAAUUGAUGGUAAUCGACGAGAAGCACCUGGAAGACGGACGGCUCCAUCAUUUCCAUUACCUUUUCAACUUCCACAUGCUGCAAGUGCUGCUGCAACAAUGCUUAAUAAUCAAUUAAAUGGAUUAGGAAUGAGAAAUGACCUCCUUGACGAUGAAAAUACAUUAAGUCUCCAGGCUUCUGGCCUCUUUGGAACAAGCUAUGGAGCCGAGCAAAUGGCAAUACUUGAAGCUCAUCAAAGAAAUCUAGAAAGAGCUCAGAGAGCUGUUCAACAGCAAGUCGCGCGCCAAAGUCUAGGGCUCACAGCAUGUUCAAAUGGCAAUGGAGGAAAUAUUCAUAAUUCUGGAAGAGAAUCUACGUCUAGUAAUGACUCAGACAUUCCUGCGAAAAGACCAAAACUAGAAAAUGACGUCAAAACAAAUGGUGCAUCGAGUAUGAGGAUUAGUACAAAACAUUCAGAUAACUCAAAGACAUCAAUGUCAGUAUCAAUGGAAAUCAACGGAAUCACCUAUCAAGGAGUAUUAUUCGCUCUCGACGAGACAGUCUCAGAGUCUUAAAUAAUGUGUAAUAUUAAUAAUAUAUCGGAAAUUUUGCAUUUUUGAGAAACACGUACUUAAAGGUGCACUGAUAUAUUCGGAUGGGUCUCGCCACGAGAAAGAAUCAAAACACCGGAAAAACUAGAACCAUAAUUUUUCAUCGUGCCAACCCAUCCGAAUAAAUCUGUGCACCUUUAAGUACCUGUUUAAGAAGAUUGCAGAGUUACGAUAGCUCUUUCCAAUUGAGCACACCUUCCGAUUCUUUUUUGUUUCAAUGAUUCGCGAGCUUUUAUGACAAAAGACUAAACGAGCUUUCUUCCCCAUUCAAUUUAUAGAUUACCCCCAUCUGAUUACACAGGUGAUUCGCCGUUUGUAAAAUACUUAUGGCCUCCAAUAUUUUAGAUGCAUUUUGCAAAUCGCGAAUUUCGCUGCAGGACCAUUAACAUUUUAGCAGUAUUUUGGUAAUCGCGACUCUCGGUGAUCGCAAUUUGCACAAUAUUUGCGAUUUUGCAAGUAUUUUACUAUAUCGCUGGUGCCUCUUGUAGAAGUGCGCGAACUACAUUUCAUAAGUAUUUUAAAAACCGCGCAUCACCUGUGUUUCCUGAAAUUUCAGAUUCUCCCCUCUUCCGCCAAAAACCCUGUCUCCUCAAAUUGAAAACCCCCAAAAUCUCUAGUUGUGAGCUUAUUUCAUGGUGAAAUCAAUGUUUAUUUCCAACGUUUUUUUUUCAUUCAUUUUUUUUGAAAAUAAUUUAAUUUUAAAACUUAAAACAAACUCUGCCCGUUCCUUAUUCUUUAUCAUAAUUAUUCUGAGAAACGCUGCUUAGCACGCAAAAUAAAAACUCACAA